GAAUUAUUUUUAGAGUAUUUAGGGCAAUUUCCUUUUUUUCUUUUUCUCUCAACUUGGAGUUCAUGCAACUAGCUUCUCAAUGUCUGCUUCAUAUAAUGUAGAAUACAAUAACCAAAUGCCAAGCUUACCACAGUUUGCAUCUUCUGUUGCUGAGCUACAACGGCGUGCCUUUGUUGAUAGAUCCAAGAUUGAGACGUACAGCAUCAAAAGCUGGAUUAGUUCCGCUGAGAAACUUUACCAACAGGGUGAUGUAGCAUUACUUGUAAAUAAUUUAGAAGAUGCAUACGUUGCUUAUAUGAAAGGAUCAACCAUCAUGAUUGAGAUUGUACGAUUGCAUUCAGGCUACUUGAAGAUUAAAACAGAUCCUUUGUAUGCUCAACUAAGAAAAAGAACGGAUAAUGAAAUAGUAAUGAUCCUAAGGGACCUUGCGACAAAGAUCGAUUUCUGGUACAGCUAUCAGCAGCAGUUGGGACAGAUGUCAUCCUUUUAUUACCACAAUCAUGCACCACUUCAACUACCGUCCUACGCCUACAACAAUGAACUGUAUAAUUAUUCGAUGAAUGAUCUAUCAUCGGCUGUUGCUAGACAAAACAUCAUGGCACAUGCCAAUAUAACAUCACCCAACGUAUCACAACGAUCGUCUCCGUUACGUCAGGCACCGAUCACAGUAUCAUCGUCCAAUUCUACACCGAUAAAAAGCGGAAAUAGCAUGACAGCAUUGACGCACGACAUAUCCAAGCUGACACUAUCAAAUAACGUAAGCGUUAUUCCCUCGUGGACCAAUCACACGUUUCCUGAGAGCACAACGAUUGAGCCCCUUGAUCUUUCGUCCAGAAUCCAGGUACGACAACAUACCCCUACUAUCUUACUCAUCGAUGUACGAAGUCGAGACACAUUUACAAGUGGAUGUAUACAACACAAGUGGAUAGUUCAGAUUGAGCCCAGUGUGCUCGGUAAAGACACCACAGCUCGUCAAAUCGAAGAAAGUUUAGUCGUCAAUCCGAGUAUAGAACGGUCACUUUUUAUAAAGCGAGAUAGAUUUGACCUGAUAGUGUAUUAUGACCAACAUUCCAAAACUAUUGAAACAGCUGAUGCGCCAUUAAGGCAUCUCAGAAGAGUCCUAGAGUCACAUCAACUGAAGCACCCACCGAUGAUGCUGGCUGGUGGAUUUGAUGCGUGGCAAUUCGUCAUUGGGGAAAGGGGUGUAUAUAAAUUCCCAGUCAUUAAGGAGAAGAAAAGUUGGUUUAAAAGCACCACAAGCAUAUCCAGCGUAAGCACAACUGGGAGCAGUAGCAACAGCGUAUACGACUAUUUCACAGGCAAAAAAGAACAACAACACAAAGUAAACCCACCCAUAUCCAAGCCGCAACCACUACCAACUGCUCCAAGAAAAGAAUCGAUUACAACAAGAUACCCAGAGAUGAUGACCAUGGCAAAUGAAUCACCCAAUGCUAUGUUAUCAAGUUCAACAGAUUCGAUACAGAUGCAACCUACAGUUGAUUUACGACCUGCUCCUCCGGUCUACGCUAAACUUCAUAGACGACGAACGUUUAUUGAUAAUCCUUUUAACGGAUUUACUGCUACCAGCAGCAAACUGUACGACGUGCCUCCUAUGCAAAUACAUAAUGACAAUAAUAACUUGGCACACAAGGCCAUCACCUCUUCUGCCGAACCAUCGAUUACGGUGAGUAGACCAUCGACUCUUGGCGAAUUCCAUCAUACGUCCACCAGCAAUCUUCAUAGCACUCCCUCUAAUGUGAUCUCUCAACAAGGAGGGCUUAUCGCUAUAGGCACAACUGGCCUAAAAAACCUUGGCAAUACAUGCUAUAUGAACUCAAUCAUUCAAUGCUUAAGCGGAACUCUGCCAUUUGCAAGAUACUUUAUAUCUGGUGUCUUUAGACAACACAUCAAUCGUCAUAAUACGAUGGGAACGGGAGGCCUACUAUCAGAAAGAUUUGCAGAUCUACUAAGGGCUAUGUGGAGUGAAAAUUACAACUUUGUAUCUCCCAUGACGUUUAGGGAAGCCGUCAUUAAGUUUGCUCCGCGAUUUGGUGGUAAUGAUCAGCACGACUCUCAAGAGUUUCUGACCGUCUUAUUAGACGGAUUGCAUGAGGAUGUGAACUUGGCAGCCGUGCCGAGUAACAUGAGCAGAAUAACCGAGAUGACAAGGGAAGAGGAAGCAGAGUUUGAAAAGUUACCGGAUUGGCAAGCAAGCGCGUUGGCCUGGGAAAAGUACACAAGCAGGCAUACGAGCAUUGUAGUCAGUCUGUUUCAAGGGCAAUAUCGUAGUCGAUUGACUUGCCUCGCCUGCAAACAUACCUCGAGCACCUAUUCUCCCUUCAUGUCGUUAUCUCUCCCAAUACCAGCCAAGAAACUGAAACUGUCGAAUGUGACAUUAUACCAAUGCUUGGAUUACUUUGUGAAAGAGGAAGUGUUGGAAAAGGAGGAUGCAUGGAAUUGUCCUAGAUGCUGUAAAAAGCGUAAAGCCACAAAGCAGCUCAUGAUAUCUAAAUUACCCGAUGUGCUCUUGAUUCACCUAAAGAGGUUUUCUGCAGAUGGUCUGUUCAAGAACAAGCUUGACUGUAUAGUCAAAUACCCUACAAAAGGAUUAGAUUUACAUAAUUAUAUUACGAGAUCUACACAACCAGAUCAGACUUGUUACGAUCGAUCACUCUCUGUUUAUGACUUGUAUGCUGUAUCGAAUCACUAUGGUUCUCUAUCGGGCGGUCAUUAUACUGCCUUUGUCAAAGAUGGACAUCGGAACCAAUGGCAUUUCUUUGAUGACAGCAAGUUCUCUACGAUCGAUGAGAGCAAGAUAGUUACUAAAGCAGCAUAUAAUUUAUUCUACGUUAGAUCAAAAGUAAAGUAAUUUAUGUAUAUAAGGCGCGCACACAUUUGUAUAUAAAACAAAUAAAGAUCCUUUC